CCGCCUCCGAGUCAUUGUCGUGUUCUGUGGUGGACUCCACCUCUUCUCACCCUUUUCUACUUGUCUUUUAAAAAUCCUCACAAACCAGCUAGUAUUUCUCACUUUCACUCCCAAUCUUUUCAAUUCUCAAAUCCAUCUUCCUUUUUCUAUCAGUUGCAAAUUUGGGGGUUUCUCUUUUGAGGUCGCAUUUCUUCGCUCAAUUCGAGGUGUUCAAACAGUUGUCAAGAAAAUGGAGAAUUUGAUUGAACAAGAUGUAGAAUAUUCUGCUCAGACAGGUGAGUUUCAACUAAAUGAAGAUCUCUGUCCAGCUUCCCUUCCAGUGCAGCGUUCUGAAGAUGCUGCUUUUUUUAAGAAUGAUUCCUCCCUGCUUACUCAAAACCAGAAAUUGGUUCAUAAUGAAGGUGCAGAUCAGGCUCUUCUUUCUAACUCAUCUGCGAGCUCUUGCUGUAGUUCUUCUGAUAUAUCUGUCAAGGAAGGUUUUGAUUCUUCAUCAUUAUUACCAGAAUUUGAUUUAGAAUCAUACAGCUCAUCUCCUGAUGGGCACCGAAAAUUGGCCUCAAGUGGGGCACAAAUGACAUUGCAAGGCAACUAUUUGGACAUGGGGACCAAACCGCCAAGCAAGAACCAAAUUGCCCAUAGAGAAGAUAGGGAAUAUGAAAUGGUGCUGAACAGUAUCCUGGAUCAUGAACAUGAGAUCAGUGUUUCAAGCAAAAGAAUCCAUUUCUCAGAAGAAGAGCUACAGGGGUUGAAAUAUGAGCUUGAGAGAAAUGAAUCAGUUGCCAAGCUGAUAGUUUUCCUGAAAGUGCAGCUUAGUUCAGCAGAAAGUGAGGUUGAGAUGCUAUGGGAUGAUCUCGAAACGGACAAAGGAAAGAUCCAAGAACUACAAAAGCAAGUAGCUCUUCUAGAAAGUCGGAUAUCAAACUCUGAUUACAAGAUUGAGGAAUUGGCGAGUGAGUUGGAAAUGACUAGAGAUAAGCUUGAGGCGUCAGAGGAAGAAGUUGCCAGGUUAAAGGAUGACUGUUCAAAAGUGAUCACCGAGAACACUUGCUAUUUGGCUGAUCAGCUUGAAUCAACUCAGGAAGAGUUAAUCUUGCUGAAGGCCAAGCUUGAUUCUGAGGAAAGGCAUACCUUGGAACUACAGGAGAGCAUUAUGAGGAACAAAGCUGACAUAUCAGAUCGUGACCAAGAGAUCAGGAGAAUCAGUGCUGUACUAGAGGACGCCCAAGAAAGCUUCUGCGGGCAGAAAGAGCAGUUCCAGUCUCAAAUAACUAGUUUGUCAGAACAGCAGACCCUGCUAGAGGCAAAGACUGAACAGUUAGAGAUGCAAAACAGAUCAUUAGAACGUAAGGCAAGACAGUGUGAAGCUGAGAAGAUUGAAAUGAAAACUUUGCAUGAAGUACAAGAAAUCAAAUGGAAGGCUGAAACUGAAUGCUUGAAAAUGGAGAUAAAUAAGAAAGGUGAAGAAGUCCAUGGUUUGAAUAAAGAUCUCUACAAGCUUAAACUGGAGUAUGACACACUAAUGACAAAGAAAGAUGAGGUUAAUGCUAAGGUACAGAGACUUGGUGCAAAAGUGAUGUCAAGAGACAUUCAAAUCCAAGAAAUGAAGGAUCACCUGAAGCAGCUUAUUGCAGGAUCUGAAAGUGCACAGAGAUCAAUAGAGGAAUUAAGGCUAAGAGUGGAGGAGUUGCAGAAGGAAGUGGAGAGACAAACAUUGGUAAUCUCAGAUAGAGCUGAGGAGAAAAGGGAGGCUAUACGGCAACUAUGUUUCUCACUGGAGCAUUACAGAAGUGGAUAUCAAGAACUCCAUGAUUAUUUGCAGCGUAGAAGGCAUGCAAUUAUAGCUGCAUAAUUCACUUAAUAGCCUCAUUAUUUGUUUACACCUUUAUGCUUAAGAGUUUGGAUUGUUUACAUUUUAUUAUAGUUACCUUUGAUGCAUCGUGUUGUAUUUAUUAUAUGGGAUGAUUUUGUAUUAAUUAUUAGAUCAAAUGUGGAUGCUUCUUAUAGUAUUUAA